UGCCCGGGUGCCGAGCGGCUCCAGAGCUGCUGGGGGCAGAGGGCCGCCCGCUUCCGCCCCGCGCACACGCGGCCUGGGCAGAAGCACGUCCCACCUGGGGACCCCCUUUCUUUCUGGGCUCCGGCGCUUCCGCCUCCGGGGCGGAGACUCCUCCCCUCUCCGUCCCAGUCGCCUUCCCGGGGAGAGCGGCCCGAACAGCCUCCGCCCGCCGGCCCCCUCCCGCAGCCCGGCCGCCCCGGCCCGCGCGGCUUCAGCACCGCGGACAGCGCCCCGCCCGCGGCAUGGCCCUGCGCUCCGGCCCCGCCGCGCUGCUGCUCGGCUGCGGCCUCCUCGGGCUGCGCGCAGGCGUCUGGGGUACUGACACGGAGGAGCGGCUAGUGGAGCACCUCCUAGAUCCUUCCCGGUACAACAAGCUCAUUCGCCCAGCCACCAAUGGCUCUGAGCUGGUGACCGUUCAGCUCAUGGUGUCGCUGGCCCAGCUCAUUAGUGUGCAUGAGCGGGAACAGAUCAUGACCACCAAUGUCUGGCUGACCCAGGAAUGGGAAGAUUACCGCCUCACCUGGAAGCCUGAGGAGUUCGACAACAUGAAGAAGGUUCGGCUCCCUUCCAAGCACAUCUGGCUGCCGGAUGUGGUCCUAUACAACAACGCCGACGGCAUGUACGAGGUGUCCUUCUAUUCCAACGCCGUGGUCUCCUACGACGGCAGCAUCUUUUGGCUGCCGCCCGCCAUCUACAAGAGCGCCUGCAAGAUCGAGGUGAAGCACUUCCCCUUCGACCAGCAGAACUGCACCAUGAAGUUCCGCUCGUGGACCUACGACCGCACGGAGAUCGACUUGGUGCUCAAGAGUGACGUGGCCAGCCUGGACGACUUCACGCCCAGUGGCGAGUGGGACAUCGUGGCGCUGCCGGGCCGGCGCAACGAGAACCCGGACGACUCCACGUACGUGGACAUCACGUACGACUUCAUCAUCCGGCGCAAGCCCCUCUUCUACACCAUCAACCUCAUCAUCCCCUGCGUGCUCAUCACCUCGCUGGCCAUCCUCGUCUUCUACCUGCCGUCCGACUGCGGCGAGAAGAUGACGCUGUGCAUCUCCGUGCUGCUGGCGCUCACCGUCUUCCUGCUGCUCAUCUCCAAGAUCGUGCCGCCCACCUCGCUGGACGUGCCGCUGGUGGGCAAGUACCUCAUGUUCACCAUGGUGCUGGUCACCUUCUCCAUCGUCACCAGCGUGUGCGUGCUCAACGUGCACCACCGCUCGCCCACCACGCACACCAUGGCGCCCUGGGUCAAGGUCGUGUUCCUGGAGAAGCUGCCCGCGCUGCUCUUCAUGCAGCAGCCGCGCCACCGCUGCGCCCGCCAGCGCCUGCGCCUGCGGCGGCGCCAGCGCGAGCGCGAGGCGGGCGCCCUCCUCUUCCGAGAAGCCCCCGGGGAGCCGGCGGGCCCGGCGCAGGGCUGCGGGCUCCGCGCGGCGGUGGACGGCGUGCGCUUCAUCGCGGACCACGUGCGCAGCGAGGACGACGACCAGAGCGUGAGCGAGGACUGGAAGUACGUCGCCAUGGUGAUCGACCGUCUCUUCCUGUGGAUCUUUGUCUUCGUCUGUGUUUCCGGCACCAUCGGCAUGUUCCUGCAGCCUCUCUUCCAGAACUUCUCCGCUGCCGCCUUCCUGCACGCGGACCGCUCGGCGCCCAGCUCCAAGUGAGGCCCUCCCUGGCCCGCGCUCCUUCGGCUCCUUUGCCCGUGCCCUCUGUUGCCAGCAGUUGGGGCGGAGGUGGGACAAGGGAGCUGGGGGCGGGGAGGGGGGGAGGCUGCCGCGGAUCCAUUCUUUCCCGCCCCCCCCCCCCGGGCCCCUCCCCAGCACCUGUGGCGGCACACGGCGGCCGGCCUGUCCCCUUGCACCGGCCAGGCAGGCUGGUGGGGCACGAAGGCUGACGAGGGAGAAUGGGGAUGUGGGCCUUCCACGCCGAGGGAGGAGUGGCAGGGGAGGGGCCGGGUCGGGGCAGGGCGGCAGGGUGGGGCCGACUCCGGCCGACCUGAUGGAGGGCCACCGGGCCUUUCGGGCGCAGGGAGGGAGGGGCCGGGGGUGGGCCUGAGUGUGGCCCGAUGGGUGGACAGCGCCUGGGCUGGGGCGUCUGCGGGGGGGGGGGGGGGGCCCCCCCGGUCGCUGGGGCCGGAUUCCGGGGGGGGGUGGCCUCCAGCCCAGCCCCACAGCCCUCCGCUCCUAAGGGGCCCCGGAGCCCCAGCUCCCUCUGCACCCCUUCCUUGCUCAGGCCAGGGUGUGGGGGGCAAGGCUGGGUAUCGGGGGAGCCUCUGAGUUCUGAGGGUGCGCAGUGCGAGCUCGCCGGCUGCUUCUGGCCCCCUGAACCGACCGGGCGUUUGGAGUCAGGAAACCAAAGCUGUCGGCUUUAAGCUGACCCAGCCUCUGUGCCCUCCGCAGAGGGCGCCGGGCAGGAAGCGGUGGCGCCACCCCAGCCCUCCCCCGCCGGCCAGACCCGAGCUGGGGUGAGGCACGCCGCGUUGCCGCCUCCGGCUCCUCACGGGGCAUGGUCUUUGCCUCUGUCCCUGGGCCCCCGGAGGCCGUGUUCGCUCCCUGCUCCCAGCGACCAGCUGGGGAACCCCUGGCCUCUCAGCCCCGUCAACAGGCCUCCGAUGGGCCUCCUGCCCCCAUCCCUGCCGUGUGAGUGGCUCCGAUUUGCGGUCCCAGCCCGUCCUCGGUGCCACGGAGGGGUCAGUCCGCCCGGCGUAGCCAAAGGGCCGGGCUCAGUGUGGAUUCCAGUCCUGGCCCACCACCUGCUCGCUCAGCCACGGGAACAAGUCUGUUCGCCCUGCUGGGCCUCGGAGCCCUCAUCUCCACCAUGGGGGCGGGACUG